UGUCAAGUACGUACACAACAUUGCAUUCUCAUCCAAAGAGAAAGGAGAACGAGAAGGCCUUGGAGAGAGAUUUCGAAUAUGGACAUGAAAACAGUAGUGUUACUGGUCCUGGUGACUCUGUUCGAGAUGGAGGGUUUGGCCUCUGCAUUGGAUGCUCAUCAGCUCAGGCAACUCGCCGCCAAACACAACGUGACUUCCAUCUUAGUGUUUGGAGAUUCAAGCGUCGAUCCGGGCAAUAAUAACUUCCUCCCGACCGAUAUGAAGGGGAAUUUUCCUCCCUACGGCAAGAAUUUCCAACACGGCCGACCCACCGGACGGUUAUCUGACGGAAAACUCGCCACCGACUUCAUCGCGGAACUGAUCGGGAAUCCAUCCGUACCGGCUUUUCUUGACCGGACCCUGACCCCAACCGAUCUCCUUCACGGCGUUAGUUUCGCCUCAGCUGGUUCCGGUUACGACGAUCUCACUGCUAAUUUCUCCGAUGUGUUCAGCUUUCCGGACCAGGUGAAGUACUUCUUGCACUACAAACUUCAUCUGAAUAGAUUGGUCGGUCCAUUAGAGAGCCAAAAAAUAAUCAACAAGGCGAUAUUCGUGCUAAGUAUGGGAACCAAUGACUUUCUCCAAAACUACUUCGUGGAGGAUGUCCGGCAAAGGCAAUUCUCUGUCCCGCAAUACAUCGAUUUUCUCUCAUCCCACAUGUUCAACGACGCCAAGAUGUUGCAUAGGCUUGGAGCGAGAAGAAUUGUGGUGGUAGGGGUUCCUCCAAUGGGGUGCAUGCCUCUUAUGAAAACCCUAAGGAGCCAAGACCAUUGCGUUGAGCAGCUUAACCGGAUGGCCUUCUCCUUCAACUCCAAGAUCAAGAACAACCUCUCUUCUUUACGUUCCAGAUUCGGCCUCAAAAGUGCCUACAUCGACGCCUAUUCUUCCAUCCUCAAAGCCAUCGCAAAUCCCAAAAGCUACGGUUUGAUAGAGACUUCGAAAGGGUGCUGCGGAACAGGGACGUACGAGUAUGGAGUGACAUGCAAAGGCAUGCAGGCUUGUACGGACCCUUCCAAGUACGUGUUUUGGGACGCGGUUCAUCCCACGCAGAAGAUGUACCAAAUUAUCGUCCGACAAGGCAUUGCCACCAUUGCUGAAGAUUUUCUAAUCUGAGAUUUAAUGAAACCCCGUUUCGAAUUCAUUCUAAUUCAAGAAAACGAAAAAGCACUAUCAAGCUUCUAAUCAUUGAAUUGAUCAUUUGUUCGGGAAAAUACAUUUUGUAAUCUUGAUAUAUAUAAUUAUUGAGUUGAUGUA